AUGCCUUCAGCUCGCAGCUUCUCUCGCCAUCCCCUCCCUUCCUACUUCCUACUGCUCCUCCCUCUUCUGUAUUCCCUCUGUCUUGCCGACCAUCUCCCUCGGACCUUUCACACCCUCUCCGACACACAUCUCAAACAAAUUACCCAACUUUCCCCUCCUCAGUGGACCUCGGUGACUUCCGGUCAUCUGGAACAUCUCCUCAUACCUCGACCGUCCGGAUCCGAAAACAAUACCCUCGUUCAGCAAUACAUCUCCUCUGUGUUCUCUUCAUUAGGAUGGCAAGAAGAUCAAACACCUUUCACAGAUGAUACGCCUAUAGGACCUAUCAAAUUUAACAACCUCAUCUAUACUUUUGAUCCUUCGGCACCACGUAAACUCGUCCUAGCAGCGCAUUUCGAUUCAAAGUAUUUCCCCACCUAUCCUGAGAAUCAAUUCAUCGGAGCUACCGACUCUGCCGCACCUUGUGCUUUCCUUCUAGACCUAGCAGAAGCUCUCACUCCUCUUCUCAAAGAAAGACAACGACGGGUCACCUCUGGCCAAGCUAUACUGCUCGAUGGUUUAGACGAAGAAGAAGAAGCAGAAACGACUUUGCAGAUUAUUUUCUUUGAUGGAGAGGAAGCUGUGAAAGAUUGGACUGAUACGGAUUCUAUCUAUGGAGCACGUCAUCUAGCAGAAACAUGGGAAACAACUUUUCUUCCUGCCACUCAUCCAUUAUCUAAACGUCGAUACUCUCCAACACCCACAAUACUCAAUACCAUCGACGUUCUCAUCUUACUCGAUCUAUUAGGAGAUUCUAACCCUCGCAUACAUUCAUAUUACAGAGAUACAGAUUGGCUCUUUACUCAAAUGUCAGAUGUGGAUAAAAGAUUACGUCAAGAAGGUUUGAUAGAUGUUGAAAAAGGUGAAGAAGGUUGGUUCGUUGAUUUUAAAAUGAGAAAAGGUAUGAUAGGUGAUGAUCAUGCUCCUUUUCUCGAAAGAGGAGUAAGUAUCUUACAUGUUAUUUCUAAUCCUUUUCCUAAAGUCUGGCAUAAUCUAGCCGACGACGCAUCUGCAUUAUCACUCCCAGCUAUGAGAAGAUGGAAUCUUAUCCUCCGUGUUUUCACAGCGGAAUAUCUAGGUCUUAUACCCACAACCAAUACACAAUCCCAUCGAAAUGAUCAUGAUCCAUAUUCAAGAUCGGUCGAUGAGCUGCAGUGAUUCUCUUAUACUUUGCAUUACACAUACAUAGCUCGAAACUCUCUCAAGAGACAAAUUGUGUCAUCAUCAGCAUAUUUCCAACAAACAGACUCGAGUGCAAUGCAUAGAAUAAAAUCUA